GGAACCGAGAGGCGGGGGCGGGGGCGGCGUCGCCGCGGUGUUGUCCCCGCGAGGCCGCGGACCGGCCGCCGCUCUGAGCAGCGCGUCCCGGGCGGCGUGCUGGGGUGCGGGCGCGGGGCGACGGCGGCCCCGCAGCGACAUGUGACCAUGGACCGCAGGACCAGGGAAAAUCCAGAAAGAACUUUUGACUUGGUGUUGAAAGUGAAAUGUCAGGCCUCUGAAGAUGAAGAUCCGGUGGUAUUGUGGAAAUUCCCAGAGGACUUUGGAGACCAGGAAGUUCUGCAGAGCGUGCCCAAGUUCUGUUUUCCCUUUGACGUGGAAAGGGCGUCUCAGAAUCAAGUUGGACAGCACUUUACCUUCGUUCUGACAGAUAUUGAAAGUAAGCAGAGGUUUGGGUUCUGCAGACUCACAUCAGGAGGCAGAAUCUGUUUAUGUAUUCUUAGUUACUUGCCAUGGUUUGAAGUAUAUUAUAAGCUUCUAAAUACUUUGGCAGAUUACUUGGCCAAGGAACUGGAAGAUGAUUUGAAUGAAACUCUUAAAUCACUCUAUAAUCACCCUGUACCAAGUGCAAACACUCCUGUCAACUUGAGUGUGAACCAAGAGCUAUUUAUUGCCAGUGAGCAAGUUCUGAAAGAUGAGCCCUCACUAAUGCCGCACUCCUGUUUUAUCGCCCCUGACGUAACAGGACUCCCAACCAUACCGGAGAGUAGAAACCUGACGGAGUACUUUGUUGCUGUGGACGUGAACAACAUGCUGCGCUUGUACGCCAGCAUGCUGCAUGAGCGGCGCAUCGUUGUCACCUCGAGCAAAUUAAGCACUUUAACUGCCUGUCUCCAUGGAUCGGCUGCUCUGCUCUACCCGAUGCACUGGCAGCACAUAUACAUCCCCGUGCUUCCUCCGCACCUGCUGGACUACUGCUGUGCCCCAAUGCCAUACCUGAUUGGAAUACACUCCAGUCUCAUGGAGAGAGUGAAAAAUAAAUCAUUGGAAGAUGUGGUUGUGUUAAAUGUUGACACAAACACUUUAGAAUCACCAUUUAAUGACUUGAGCAACCUGCCCAGUGAUGUGGUCUCGGCCUUGAAAAAUAAGCUGAAGAAGCAGUCCACAGCUACGGGAGAUGGAGUGGCUCGGGCCUUCCUGAGGGCGCAGGCGGCUUUGUUUGGAUCCUACAGAGAUGCUCUAAGAUACAAGCCUGGUGAGCCCAUCACCUUCUGUGAGGAGAGCUUUAUAAAGCCCCGCUCCAGUGUAAUGAAGCAGUUCCUGGAGACGGCAGUUAACCUGCAGCUGUUUAAACAGUUUAUUGACGGUCGACUGGCAAAGCUUAAUGCAGGAAGGGGCUUCUCAGAUAUAUUCGAAGAAGAAAUCACUGCUGGCGGCUUUUGUGGAGGGAGCCCGCGGUCAUAUCAGCAGUGGAUGCAUACGGUCAAGAAAGGAAGCGCACUGUUCAACACAGCCGUGACCAAAGCAACUCCUGCUGUGAGAACUGCAUACAAAUUUGCAAAGAGUCAUGCCAGACUGGGAAUAAAAGAAGUCAAGAGCAGGCUGAAACACAAGGACAAUGAGGAAGAUCAUGGGACCUGUUCUGGCUUGGUACAGUACACACCAGUUUAUACCUUACACAAUGAAAAGGGAGACGACAGAGAGAAGCAUAAGCUUUCCCAGGCACACUUGAAACGGCCUCAUAAGAGCCUUGAUGGUGCCCUGUCUGACGAUGACAUUGAACGAGCAAGUAGGGUGUCUUCUGAAGACGGUGAAGAAACGCCUGCUUAUUUCUACGAAAGUGACGACUCCGGUGAGGCAAGGGUGAAGGCUCCUUACUCAGGUGAGAUGGACUUGCUGGGCGAGAUCCUGGACACGCUGAGCACGCACAGCUCCGACCAAGGAAAGCUGGCAGCUGCAAAAAGCCUGGACUUCUUCAGAUCCAUGGAUGACAUUGAUUACAAACCAACGAACAAGUCCAAUGCUCCCAGCGAGAACAACCUGGCUGUGCUGUGUGUGCCUGGUGACCAGGGAGAGUGGAAUCUGGGGCAGGAUGACAGUGCCCUCCAUGGCAAGCACCUCCCUCCGUCCCCCAGGAAGCGCGGUUCCUCCAGUGGAUUGACAGAUUCUCUGUUUAUCCUGAGAGAGGAGAAUAGUGACAAGCCCUUCUGUGCUGACAGCAUGAGUGGCCCCACUGUGGUGGGAAAGCCUGCUUCUACUUCAAGAUUGAGCUUCCAGCCAGCUUCCCCCGAAGCUUCCCAAGGGGAUCCAGGAAAACAUGAAGGGAAGGCAACACUAAAUCAGGCUUCUUCAGAGGAUCUGCGGGUACCUGACCCUGGCAGCCGCCAGUCUACUUUUGUUCCCUGGGAGAAAGCCCAGAAAGAAGAGAAGGAGCCUUCAGAAGAUGUUGGACUCCUCCAAGAAGUAGUGUCAUUGUGUCACAUGUCAUGUGAUUUCCAGCAAGGUUUAACCAUUUCAGAAGAAAGCAGAAGUGAAAACCAAACUUAAGGUACCAGUAAAGAGUCAGCCACUUACCUCUUGGCUUCUCCAGAGACAUGUGGAGUUGUCCUCUGUGAUACAUGCAGUAAACAGAAUCACCGAUAGGAAUGACAGCUCUUGCUACUAUUUAAUUGUGUCCUUUGGAACGUUUCCCUCUCUGUCCAUCUCAUGGAUCUGUAGUAUCCACUGGCUUUCCAGCGUAAAAUGAAUCUACUGUUAAAUCAGGUACUAAUCUGUAUAUAGGCAGAAAGUGUAUUUUGAACAUAAGCUUCCCCAGUAUUUGGUGCUUAAUGCCAUUCAUUUUAUUUAAACUAAGUGUGCAUAUGUAACCCCUACCUAUAACCAAUAGUUGCUGUACCAAUCAGGUUGAGCAUGAACUGAUCAAGAUGUCAAAAACUGAUCAAAAAUAGCCUGAAACAGAUGAAACUGUUAACCCACUAAUUGCCUUAAUCUUCCGAUUAUGUUAAGCAUACAAACAAUGUGUGAUGCUACUCAUGAAGCUUGAGAGAGGAGUUGUCUUGUCCUGCAGAGCAAUAAUGCCUUUUUCUAUCAUGAAUUAAGCUCACCAUUUUUUCAAGUUUAAAAGUGCGCUAGUGGAACUAAUUUGCUUUCUAUAAAGACAUACAGCCAUAUUUCCCAAACAAUGUAAAUGUGUAUAUUUACCUUUCUCUCAGUGAAAUACAUGAAGUGCUGGGUUACAAUGUGAAGUUAAAAAGCUUCUACUUAACAAAAAAGCCAGUCAGACAAUGUUUGGUCUCUGCAUGCAUGUGGCUGUGGCCCGCUUCAAGGAAGCUGAAUGCCCUGCAGAGGCCAGAUAGGCAGUUGUCCUGUUCUUCUCUUAUCGGAUUUGCUGUAAAGAUGCUGAUAGCCUUACCUUGUAUUUGCUUUUUAAAAUAAUCAUCGUUGUGUUUUAAAUGCGCUAGAUUUAUAGAAAAUGCAAAGGUGGUACUGAGUUCCAUCGUCCCUGGCCCUGGCUUCUGCUACUGUUAGUACUUUAUGUUAGUAUGCUGCAUUUGCCACAGUGUUGAUACCCUGCAUGGUAUUCAGAGCUCCGGCUUUGCCCUGAUGCCCCUUUCUAUCCCAUUAUCCCCUCAGGGUUCUAGAUUACACUCUGUUGUCAUGUCUGCUGAUGUUCCACUUCACCCUGCCACUUCAUUUUCUUGGAUUUGAUAACUUUGAAGUUUUUAGGAAUAUUGAUGAGAUGUUGAGUAGCCAGCUCCUAGAAUUUGCCUGGCAUUUUCCUCAUUAUUACACUGGGUUAUAGGUUUGAGGGAGAUCACAGAGGUAGAGUGCCAUGUUCAGGGUCUUAAGGGUGUGCUGCAGGCAGGCUCCAUGUUGUGCUGACUUUGAACACCUACUGGUUUCCUCCACUAUAAACUUGUUUCCCCCACACAUUCUGUUCUGUUGCAGCUAGGAGGAAGGGCGGGGUGGAGAAGGGAAGCAAGGAAGGGCAGGCACAGUAAAAUUAUUUAAGGCAGAGGAGUAUCAGAAUAAAUCCUCUGUAAUUAUGUAUGGUGUCUGCCUCCCUCACAGUCACUGUUUAGCUCUAGAACACAUCUGAAAAGACGUGCACAUCACUCAUCUCGGACUGGAGUUAUGAAGAUAGUUUAUUUGUACUCUCUGUGUCUCUGUUCUAUACAGCCCCAGACAUUAUAAUUGCUCUUCAAAAAUUGGCUUUUUUAAACAACAACAACAAAAUGUUUGUAAAACCAUUUAAGAACCCCAAUAAGGCCGUAUAAUUUUACCUAGAAUUUUAGGAGAUUUGUUUAACAUAGUGCUCAAAAUAUUUAUGCAGUUCGUUUUUUAAAAUUGCAUUCCAACAUAUACAUAGGAGGUGCAACUUGAGGUAAUUAUUCCCGUAUUUGUAUUGGAAGACAGAGCUUGUCCUUAGGAGAAUGAGCUCUUCAUAGAAAGAUAUAUUUAAUCCUAUUUUUACACAAUAAUAAUAUUGAAGGUUAUGAGAUUUUGCCUGUCUGUGUGUCCUUCAUCAAUCUCAGUUUACUGAAAUAAAGACAGGAAAGCCAUGUAUCAGAAGAGCUGAUUUUAGCGGGACGAGGAAAAGUCAGUGUGGUGGUUACACCGCUGAGCAAGCAUGCCCACACGAUUGCUGGACAGAAUGUAGAGCCUCUAAUGCGAAUUCUCAAGUGAGGUUUCUGUUUUCACUUCAGAAUUCAUUGUCUAAAGAAUUACAAGAAUGAGAGCAUCCUGAAUGCAGCAUAGAACACUGGCUUCCAGUCCGCUUCCUGAUAAACCCAUGGCCACAGAUUCACAGUUGCCUAUUUUGAGUCAACUUGUGACAUGCUCCACUGUAACACUGGACUAUGUGAAAACAUUUAUCCACUCACAAAUAAUGUCUUAAGCCACUUACGUGCUCUGUGCCUUACUUUAACAAGCAAAAACAGCCACUCUAUGUUAAAAAGAAAAAACAAAGUUGAAUACAUUAUUCUUGAAAAAUGUCCAGAGAACUGGAAGCAAGUGAUGGGGCUUUACGCCAUUAAAACCUUGUGUGUUUGAAGUCGGCUUUUAAAUGUGGCUUCCCAGUAUUAUGAUGGAAAGAGUAGAAAGGAAGAUGAUAGGAUGAGUUCUGAAAUAAACAAAAGGAGUUGUUUUUUUUUUUUGUUUGUUUGUUUGGUUGGUUGGUUUUUUUUCUUUUUUUUUUUUUCUUUUUCUUUUUUUUUUUUUUUUUUUGCUUUACCCAAACCAAACCAAAUAUUUAUUAGUUCCCUGUUAUUCAAAAUAAACUUUUCUGCUGGCAUUGUCAUUUUAAAUGCCAAGCACCAACAAACUGGAGAUCCAAAUAAAUAUUUCAAAGAAGCUGCUUCUCGUCUAUGAGACUUGAAUAACUCACAGCUCUGGCUUCGGUGUCUUGUGUUUUCUAUGCCUCUAACCCACGCCUGAGCGAGAAUGUCUAGUCUCACUCAGAUUUUGCAUCCAUGUGGUUCAGGGCGCUAAAGAUAGAGAGACAAAUGUCAGAACUGCAAUUUUGUUAAUGAUGUUGCUAAGUGGCAUAUAUUGGUCAUUUACUUAUUUAGCCUAUCAGAUUAUAGCAUGGUUACUUUUCCAAUCGGAAUUAAUGACUCCGUCAUUGAGAAAAUGUUUAUUGACUUUUUGUUUUACCCAUCAGGAGCAACGUGUAAUAACUAAGGAUGUAAGGGUAUGGGCAGAAACAAUUACCCAGCUCUGGGGAACAAUUAAAAGGGAAAUGAAUUGCAGGUGUUAAAAUAAUAAUUGUUAUUAAUAAUAAAAUACUGUAAGGAUGUACUUGCUUAGAUGGUACUAGCUCAAGAAUCAAUACCAAGAGAUGCUUUUUAAAAAGAGCUGCUUUAUUUGAAGUAUAUUAUAAGUUCAGAAUUGUUAACUUUUUUAGUAAUUAUGUAAGUUACUAGAAUGCUGCUAAAAUCCCCUUUCAAAGGACAGAUUUGGAGACACUGCUUGGCUGAGUCCUUGCUUUGACCAUCUACAACACGGCAUGACAUCCCUUUGCGGUAUGGAUGGCCACUUACCCUACUUCAGGAAUAACUUCGGGUAUAUAUAAUCAGGGACCUAGUCAUGUUGAUGGGAGUCCAAAUUUUACAUUAAAGAAAGAAAUCUUGCUGACAGCAUUUUGUAGAUACAGCUUUUUUUUUCUUUUUGGUUAAAGCUGUAAGUGUUGUUAUUGGGAGCCCAUGCUGCUCUCCAAUGAUGUGACCCAGGAAUGAAGCAGGUGCUGGUUAAACAAAGUAAAGACUUCUGGCCAACAGCAGACGGCAUCCUUAGCAUCAACAGCCAUUUAUCCUCUACUCAGAUUUUCAGGACAAGUCCAUCUUUUACUUUUUACUUUUAUGAGUAAAUUUUCUCCUGAGAAGUCCACUGUUUUGUGUCAGUGAUUCUUGAAUCUGAGAAGAUAUUUGAAAAUCAGGAAUGUAAAAUGAACCCUCUAAUAGUGUCUCCCCAAAUUUCUCUUAAUGUAGGUUGUGGUUUUUAGAAACCCAGUUCUCUGUGAGAAUUUUCCUUUCAAGCCCACAGACCUGUUACUGUCUGUGUCUUAAGGCUUCAAGGAUGAGAAAGGCUUUGCAACAGCCAUUUGAUGGUAUGAUUUGAUUAUGAAAUAGGGAAUUAUGUGUAGUGAGAUAGAAACAUUUUAUUUUAAAAUAUAGGAUUUUGUGCAAUAUUUUUCUUGCAUCAUUUAGUGUAUAAAUAUUCACGUCUGCUUUUCUGGCAGAUGCCUUAAGGUCAUGUCUUUCAGUAUUUGCCUAAAACUGUAGGUAGGAAUGUUCUAUGUGAUUGUUAGCAGAAGUGUUUUUAUUAUUUAAAGUAAUUGUGGAGAUUGCAUUAUUGUAUCCUAACUAACUGCCUCAGCCACAAUGAAUAUGCAAUAAGAAAAUCAUGUACCUUUAUUAGUAUUGACAAUACUGUUACUUUAACAGAAAUGUUUGUGGUAUAAAGUGCUGGUUCUAUGUGUGUACAUUUAACAGCUACUUUGUUUCGUACCACAUGAAUCUAAACGGUAUAUUUAUGUGAUAACCAUGUAUGUAGAUUCUGACAUCCUUUGUGAUGAGUCUUUGUUGAGGCUUAUAAAGGGCAUUGCCAAUACUUUUUCACUAUAAAUUAAUUUUUUUGUAUGAUGUACAGUUUGUUUAGGCUUAGAGCAUCUAUAGAUUUCUACUUUUAUUAUACUUGAAUGAGGCAGAAAGCACUGUGGGAAAUUUGUAACUCUGAAUGCAAUAUGCAGUUAUACCAAAAAUAAAACAAGGUCCCGAACAGCAAUGCUAACAGAAUGCUUUAUAAUGUAGCAGUCUGUGUUUCCCAAGCCACAUGUUAGUUAAAUGAAGUAAUUGAAGAUAUGCAGUCUAUACUAGACGGUAUAGUCACAAAUGAUUACCUCCUUGAUGUGUCAAAGCUGUGCGUCCUUUUUAACUUCUGUACCAGUCCUUAGAUGAGCCUUGUUGAAGACCAUCCGUCGUCCCACUUGAUUGCAUGGUGUUUAGGACAGAACAAAUCAACUACAUUGUGCAUAUUAGAGGCACGGUCUGUGUUAAGUCAUGAUGUUUUACAUAGAGUAGCUUUCAUAGGUAAUGUUGAGAACUCCUUAAUAAUCAUAUACCAAAAACUAAAUUUUAAAAUUAGUUAUUACUGAGCUGUGCCUAAAACAGUAACAAAUACAUGAAACCUUUUGAUGUAAAGCUCACAUGAGGCACUCAGAAUUGAAUGUUUCCAAAGUUUGUGUUUAUUGCUUUAGCUGAAGAGGUGUUUGCUCAACGUGUAACCGGUAUCUUAAAAAAAAUAAAAAAUAAAAAAAUAAAAAAAGCAAACCCUGAGCAGUGAGAUAAGCUUCGUUGUUUUUGCCUUGUGGCUACAGUAUAUCAUCUCUCAAUAUGACUGUUAUUGGGUAGAUGUUCUGAUGUUCUAUAUAAAAGUAUUGCUUGGGAGUUUGUUUUUAAUAUGCAAAAUCAAGUGUUGAAUGAACUCUGCAUUGCCAUAAAGUACCCAGCAAUGUUGUUGAAAAUAAAAUUGGUCACAAUCAAA